UUACUCAGUCAGUGCACAGAAAUGGAUGAUCCAGAAUUGUAUCACAAAGCGGAGCAUUUCAAAGCUGAUAUGCAAAAUUUUUUUGACGAAUAUAAAGCAAAGAUUCGCUUUCGUCAUGAUCGAAAAGACUCAUUGCUGGACAUCGGUUGUGCUGGUGGCAACAUUACAAUCGAUGUUAUACUCUCCACACUAUUACCGGAAGGCUUUUCUCGCUUGGUAGGAAUUGAUAUUAGCAGAACAAUGAUUAAUUACGCAAAUGAGCAUUUCAAACUUCCGAAUGUUUCGUUUGAAGUUCUGGAUAUUGGAGGCGAUAUAACGGACUUUUUGGCGACACAUCAAUGUUUCGAUCAUAUUACAAGCACUCUGUGUUUGCACUUGGUUCCGGACCAACAACGGGCUCUACAGAAUAUUUACAAUUUACUUCAACCAAACGGAGAUUGCUUGCUGUACAUUAUAACGGAUUGCUUUGUGUUUGAUGCAUACGGCAAGAUGGACAAGAAAUGGUUGAAAUACAUGGAGGACGCUGAUGAUUACAUUUCACCAUAUUAUCGACGAUUGAAUCCUGAAUAUUUACUGAAGAAAUAUUUGAAAAACGCCGGAUUUACUCGAUAUGAGAUUCAGAUGAGAAAACAAUACGUAGCUGUCGAUGAUGUCGAGAAAUUCAAAGAGAGUUUCUCAUCGAUUAUACCAUUUUUGCAUCGAAUGUCGCCAACGGAAAAAGAAGAGUUUACAGAAGAAUUCGUCGAUCUGUGUCUCGAAAUGACGAUGGAAAAGAAUGGAGAGGUUCAUAAUGGUGCUGGCGGCAAGAUCGAUUUAACUUACACACUCAUGACUGCCUUUGCCGAAAAGACUUAAUUUCCAGUAACUUACUAACACCGGUAGCCUGGAGUGUCGUACAAAAUUAACCGAACAAUUUUAAAUUGUGCACAUACGAAGUAAUUCUCAUUAAAUUGAAAUAAAGUACGAAUG